UAACUUUAUUUUUUCUUAAAGUGCCAAUGGACUUGGUAUCCGGCUUAUAAAUAAAUAAAAAAAAUGUGCUUUUAACUUUUUUAUUAGCCAGUAAAAAUAUGUUAAAAUAUAUUAUAUGAGAAUGCAGUGUUUUAAGUUUACUAAAUUAAGAGUUAUUUCAAAACUUAGAAGUUACUGUGUAGUUCAAGACCAAGUAACAGAAUAUUUAAACGACAAAAGUGUAUUUGACCGUCAUGAUGUUGAUUUAUCCGAGUUGGCUUCAAAUCACUCACAAUCUUUUAAUUUAGCUGCAUAUGUUAAUACUUCAGACACAUUGGAAAAACUUAUGAAGUUAAAUGUCAACCUUGCUAAAAUAGAAAAGAAACCAUAUAUUGUUGAAAAAAUACUAAAAUUGGAUUUUGAAAGGAAUAUUAAAAAUCAUAUAUUUUUCUUGAAAGAUUAUGUUGAAAACGAAAGCCUUGGAAGUUUUUUAACUAAAAACCCAUUGAUUCUGUGCCAAAAUAUUGCUGACUUACAAGUGAGAAUAAAUUACUUGCAGUCUAAACAUUUCAAUUUACAGGAUAUAAUAAGAAUUAUAUCCAAAAAUCCUUUUUGGUUAAUGUUUAACACUGAAAAAAUUGACCGAAGAUUAGGUUACUUUCAAAAUACAUUUGCUUUAACUGGUAAUGAGAUAAGAUUUCUUGCUACAAAACAACCUCGCAUAAUUACAUACAAUUUGCAUCAUAUUACUACUAAUACAUUUGUUAUUAAAGAAGAAUUUGGUUUUAAUGAUGCAGAAAUUAAGGACCUUCUGUUGGAAAAACCAAAGAUUUGGAUGAUGAAUCAGAAGUCGCUAUUGGAACGUUUUAACUACAUUCACAAUGUCAUGAAAAUAACACAUGAAGAUAUUAAACAAAAUUCUACUAUUUUAACUUAUAGAAAUUUUAUUGUUAAACAAAGACAUUUGUUUUUAGAAAAACUAGGUAGAGCUCAAUAUAAUAGAAAAAUAGCUAAUUAUGUUCCUUUAACUGCACUUUGUAGUGGCACAGAUGUAGAAUUUUGUAAAAAAUAUGCGAAAUGUAGUGUUGAUGAUUUUAAUAUCUUUCUAAAAACAUUGUAAAUUACAAUUUUAUCCAGUUUUACCUAACAUUACUUUCUUUUGAACAGCAUUCAGUGAGUGGUAUAAAAGUGAAUCGAAAAUUGCAGCUAAUGUGAAAACUCCACCUACAAUUGCACAUAUGUUUGUUGCAAAAUGACCAAGUGAUCUGAAAACAAACAGCGACAUUAGAAAUUAAGCAAAGAUUAAUUUAUAAAUUCAUGUGAUGAUA